UUCCAUCCGAUCUACGAUUCGAUUCUAUUUUAGUGCGACGGCCGAGGAGAGCAUUUCCCUAGUUUUUUCAGAAAAGUGGGAAAAUUUUGUUAUAUAUCUGUAAUGUAUGGCGUGUUGAUGCUCGUUAUGGUUGAACUGCUUCAUUUUCUCGUUCUAAAAUUGACUCAUCUUUUCUAGGAUUGCUGUUGUGCAAUUGGUUUCUAGUUUUUCCACCCAUUCUUAGUUUCCUACCAGUAGACUUGAUUAUUUUCUAGGGGAAUUAUUGUAAGUAUGCUGAUAACUGGUACAUAUCUUUCCACUUAUAGUUUUCCAUACUUUUAGAAUGAAAAUAAUUUGUGGAUAUUUUCACUGAACAGAUGGAUGAUCUUUUGAUUUGGUUGCAUGGUCUACAAUUUAUAGCAGUUUACUCUUAUUCAAAUACACUUAACAGGAAGGAUGGAUGUGGAUUCUCUUGAUGUUGAGAAUGGGACCUCAUUCAAGUCAGAGUUGGAUGAUAACUCAUAUGGAAAUAAGGAUGAACAGAAGGAAAAAAGUUUAAAAGAAGCCAAGGAGGAAGAAGAGAUGCAAGAUUUUGCAGAUCAGGAGAAGCUUAGAUCAGCUGCACUUCCUGUUGCUGUUGUUAGUGAAGGAUUGCAAUCACCAACCACCAUACCAAGCUCUGGAAUUUCAUUGUCGCUCAUAGACAAAAAUGAAGAGACAGGUCAGCAUUUGCCAUUUGAGUCUGAUGACCAUUCACAGGUUAAGUCCGAUUCUAAUGAUAAUGUUGAAAAGAAUAGUCAUAGCUUUGAGGAACCAGCCUCAAAUGUUGGGCAUCAGGAAUGCCAUGAUGAGGAACAAGGAACUAGUGGUAACAAUCUUUCUGGUGAUCUUCACGGUGUUAGUGCUGAUCAAAUAGUGAAAAAUGAAAGGCCAUUAGUAGACUCAUCUCUUUUGUCUAUUGAGAAUGAUUUCAACUCUCAAUCUGAAAAGUCUGAGUUUGAUAAUGAUGUAAACAAAGGUGGAAAUGUUAGUCACAAUAUGGAACAGAGGGAAGAUGAUCAUAUAGUCGGUGUUGCAAAUUUGGAUGACAGAGAACCUCUUAAAGAUAGUUUUGUGGAGCAAUCUUUGCCAACUGAUAGAAGUCCAAAACCACCUACAUUGGAGAGUGAAUUAUCUGUUCAUACAGAAAAAUCUCCUGACCCCAACCAUUCAGCAGCCGGAGAGCAGCUACUGAAUGGGAUUGGUGAGGAAAAAUUAGCCCGUUCGCCCAAGCAUACACCUCUUGAAAAGCAUUCUGUGAAACGAAAGAGAGAUUCUCAGGAGAGUUUGUCUCCUCCAAGUAUUAAAUCUCCUCGAGGCAGGGCAACACAUAAAGAAACUCAUCACAGAGAUUCUUCUCUGAGAAAAAAGACAUCAGCUUCACCUCGAAGCCGGGAAUCUCCACGGAGGAAAGAGAGAUCAACAUCUCGAUCACCUGUAAGGCGGAAAGAUACUUCUGGAUCUGGACAUAAAAGAGAUCGCCGUGGUAGAUCUCGGUCCAGAUCUCCCUAUGCAAGGGAUCAGCAUAGAAGGUCUCCAAGUAGGAGAAGGCAUUCUCCAAGGUACAGAUCUUCACCAAGUUAUCAUUCUCGUCAUCGGUCAUCUAGAAGGCCAUGGUCACCACCAACUAACCGCAACACUGGAGUGGGUAAGCCUGGGAGGAAUUUGUUUGUUGCUGGUUUUAGCUAUGUUACCACUGAAAGAGAUUUGGAGAAGAAAUUUUCUAGGUUUGGACGUGUAACAGAUGUUCGCAUUGUUCGUGAUAACAGAUCAGGGGAUUCUCGUGGCUUUGGGUUUUUAUCCUUAGAAAGGGAUGAAGAUGCUGAUGCUGCAAUACGUGCUCUUGAUCAAUCUGAGUGGAAUGGGAGGAUUGUCCUGGUGGAGAAGUCUAAAACUGGGGCUCGCUGAAUGAUUUCUUUGCAUUACUACCAUAGUCAAGAAUGAUAGAAGAGCCUUCAGUUUUGCCAGCUUAUUUUGGACCAGUAUUGGUUCCAACCAUAAUGGCACUGAUCAUGCUACGCGGCAAGUAUUACUUUGUAACAAACUCUUUGAUCAUGUAGUAUGUCUAUGUUUUCAACUUGGCAUAGAAUGUUUAUUUUCUUCAUGGAAUUGUUGUGAGCAAACAUUUAGGGUGUAUACAACUGCAACUAUAUGUAAUUUGAAUUUUCAAUCAAAUAAUUGCUGCACAUGGAAUAUUCUUUCA